AUGACCAUCUCAUACAAGACCGGCAAAGUCGCCAUCGUUGGCGUUGGCUAUGUUGGAGAGUCCCUCCUCCGCGAGUUCAGCUCUGCCCACCCCACCAUUGGCUUCGACAUUUCGGAGUCUCGCAUGAAGUACUUGCGCUCAGAGUAUGGUGGCGACAAGAACAUCACCCUCACCUCGGAGGAGUCGAUGCUCGGCCAAGCCGAACACUUCCUCAUCUCGGUGCCGACACUCAUGAAGCCCGACCACUCGGUCGACAUGUCUUACAUCAAGUCCGCAUUGUCGACCGUCUUCCGGCACGCAAAGACUGGCAGCACGAUUGUCAUCGAGAGCACCGUCUCGGUCGGCACCACUCGCCAACUCUUCUCCGCCGUCCAGCAUCUCUUCAACUGCGGCAUGUCUCCAGAGCGUGUCGACCCAGGACGCACGUUCCCGGCACCCCACGACAUUCCCAAGGUCAUCUCGGGCCUCACACCACAGUCGCUCGCAUCAUCAUGA